AUGGUUAUGUGGAAAGACCCGGUUGAUCGAUUUGUCGAGUUCCUUCGAUUCCGUACGGUUAGCGCUGAGGGUCCCAUUGGAAGCUACGAACAGGGUGCAGAAUGGCUACGUGCAUAUCUCGAAGAACUAAAGCUGUCGGUUCAAAUUCUUUCGCCCAUUGAGCAAAAACCUCUUGUACUAGCGACAUGGCAAGGUAAAGAUCCAACACUUCCUGGAAUCAUUUUGAAUUCACACUAUGAUGUUGUGCCUGCAAUGGCUGAGCACUGGAUCUAUGAUCCUUUUGAGGCCACGAUCACAGAGGACGGCCGCAUAUAUGGACGGGGUACACAAGACAUGAAGAGCGUUUGUGUUCAGUAUGUGGAGGCAGUGCACACCCUUAUCUCUUCUGGAUUCACGCCAGAACGCAACAUUUAUUUGCUGUUUGUGCCUGAUGAAGAAGCUGGUGGGGCGCAGGGAAUGGGAGCGUUCGUCGAAACCGACCAUUUCAAAGCUAUUCAGCCGAUUGCAUUUGCAUUUGACGAAGGUCUUGCAAACCCAGCAGAUGCGUACACUGUUUUUUAUGGUGAACGAGUGCCGUGGUGGGUUUAUGUGACAGCAAAAGGACCUACUGGCCAUGGCAGUCGAUUCAUCAACAACACAGCAACGUCGAAGAUUGUUGACAUUUGCAACAAAGCCCUGGCGUUCCGUGACGAGCAAGAGAAAGCCCUUGGCGCUGAUGUUGGAUGUAAACACGGUGACAUGACGAAGAAAAAACUCGGUGACGUGACUAGUAUCAACAUUACUGCGCUGCAGAGCGGCGUAUCAUGUGAUAAUGGCAAGACGCAUGCUCUGAAUGUGAUCCCAACGGAGGCCAUCGCUGGCUUUGACAUUCGCAUUUCACCUCGAAUGGAUAUCAAUGCAAUGGGAAAAAUGCUUGAUGAGUGGUGUGCUGCUGAGGAUGUUUCUUGGGAGUUCGCAUCAUGGACAAAGCCAAUGCACCAGCAUUAUGUCACAUUGCUGGAUACGGACAAUGUUUGGUGGCAGCUAUUUCAAAAGUCCUGUGCUCGACUCAACGUAAUGUUGGAGACCGAAAUCUUUCCUGCGGCUACAGAUAGUCGCUAUCUUCGCAAGGCUGGUAUCCAGGCAAUUGGCUUCUCACCAAUGAAGCAAACUGAGAUUCUAUUGCAUGAACAUAAUGAGUAUCUGCACAAGGACACUUUUCUAUAUGGCAUCAAAGUGUACGAGGCAAUUUUUCGAGACAUGUUUGCUUACAAGUAG